CGCGAACACGACUAUAAUCACGAUCGGGCCGGAAGAAUACCGUGCCUAAGCCUAAGCCCCAUGCAUAAUGAUCGAGUGAAUCGACGCUAUAUGUGUCUUCUCCAAAACGGUCAAUUCAAGUUUGAAAGGUGCGACCUCGGCCAAGGCGAUACUAACGCUAUAGCCUGCACCAAUGGCACGAGAACUUCGUAAACGCACCUCACGGCCCAAUUACGCUGCAUUAGCGAAUUAUGGAGAAGAGCCUGAGAAUGAAGCUGGACCGUCUACAACCCAUCGUGCCGCUGAGGAUGACGAUGGAAGCAGCAGUGACUUUGCUCCUGACAAGGAUGUCGUGCAUGAUGUCACCGCCGAAGUAGACGAGGUUGAAGCAGAUGCGGAAGGCGAAGACCAAGUCUCGCAACUGGGUGCAACAUCUGGGGAUGAACAAGUUCAAUCGUUAUCAACUUCCAAACGCAAAAAGCCUACCAAACGAAAACCUCGGAAAUCCGCUGCAACAGUCGCUGAAAGUGGACAACUUCCGCUUCCAAACGUACAUCAUCGACAUAGGGCGGUUCCUCUAUAUCAUCGCCAUGAGAAGGUUGAAAGACUUACGGAACCGCCGAAGCUGUUUACAUCCCCCCGCAUUACAUUAACGAACAGUUCAACCGCUAACUCUGUUGUUGGCAGCAGGGUGAACAAGGCAUGGGGCUGUAAUGUCGGUCCCGGACCUCUCUGGGAACUGCUUGAGGACCGUGGCUGGUACAAGGAAUAUCUUCAUGCUCCAAAAGAAGCCGAAUCCUUUCGGCGACCAAAAGUCCAUUCUAAAGUGAUGAUACCUUCAAACUGCGAAACCCUACAACCUGAGGCAGGAUCCGUCUAUCUUCCAACUCACGAUGACCAAAGCCCUUCCAGGUCAAUACCGUGUUCGUUCGGCCCAAUCGAUCAGCAGCAGCGGCUAGAACUAGGCCCACUGUCUUCAGUCGGAAUGCAUGCCUUUUCCCCGGGUAACAAGUCUCAUGUUUUCAAUGCUGGAGCACCCGUUUGGGGAUUGGACUGGUGUCCUAUCCACCCAGAUGUCCGACAAGAACUUGCAUACAAGCAAUAUCUCGCCGUCGCUCCUUUGACUUCCCAGACACAUGACCUAGUCGUUGGCUCACGGCUACCUCGACCUGCACAUUCAUGUGUAGAAAUAUGGUCUUUAUCGCCCUCUCGUCCAGAAAACGCCUCUGCCGUUGAUGAUACUCAAGAGCAGCCUGGUAUGAUGCAGUGCGAAAUGAUUGUCUGCAUCGAAGCUGGGUCUGCCUUCGAGUUGAAGUGGUGUCCGUUGCCCUCACAUGACAACCUUUCGGCACCAUUCGACCCUGCUUCCCCUCUGCGGAAACUUGGAAUAUUGGCGGGCGCAUUCGAGGAUGGAUCAAUCUCGCUAUAUGCUAUCUCAGAUCCAACAGACCUAGCGAAUCGCACUGGUGCAUCUAAUGAUGCUUUACCAGUAUUUGUGAGGCUCUCCGAACCACUCUUACGUUUGGAAAUGGAGGAUACGACUCCGUCGUGCCUGGAUUGGGCUAACAGUGAUGUAUUGGGCGUCGGCUGUAGUAAUGGCUGGAUUGCCGUAUACAACGUGGGUAAGGCUUUGCGGGAUGGCGAACGGGGAUUGAACAAACUCGUUGCCCCAACCCAUUACUUCUCCAUCCAUCAAUCCGCAGUUCGCUCCGUCGCGUGGAUUAGAGUUCCUACGCCGUCUGUGACUGGCGAACCAACAACAGAUGAUCCAACGGUGAUUGCCACCGGUGGAUUCGAUGGCUUGGAAUGCGUUGCGGACAUUCGAGAUCUUGCUGCCAAUACGCUGAACAGAACGAGAGAUGUUGUAAAUUGUGUUUCCUUCUCUACGUACUGUGGCGGGCCUGUCACAAUCGAUCACGAGAACACUAUCAAAGCUUACUCACUCUCGCCCAGUAUGCUGGGCAGAGGUCAUAGGCUGUUGGAACCAGAAGGGCCGAUUUGGAGUGUGGCCGCCUCGGACUACCACCCUCAACUGGCCAUUGGUGUUGCAGAUGGCAGUUGUAUGACGACCAAUACUAUGCGUUCAACUCGACGAGGCGGCAUGGUGCCGUUCCUUGCACAUAAGGUGUACCAGCUGGAUUACAGCCGCCAAUUCCAGGAAUACCGCAUGCUAGAACAUUUUCUACCGCAGGAAACCACAGAUCGACCGUCCGUUGUACGCGGCGGUGGAGAACGUCCUUCCUCGGGUGCAGGGGCUUGGUCUCCCGAAGUCGGUAUUCACCGUGUCGUAUGGAAUAUGGGAAAUGGACUCGCGGCGGCACCACUGUUGGCGUCAGCCACUGGGUCUGGAUUAUGUCGUGUUGACUGGCUUAUGGGUAGGUGGAUGAGAGAUCGAAUCCCGUAUAAUGGCGUGGAGGUUAUGAGGCAGGAGACAGAUGCGGAGGACAUGAUGGACGAGGAUUCAGAGUGAAUUGAGUGGUCGUAGCCGGGGUGCAGACCAUAUAAAUAAGGGCCAUUGGCCGGUACGACUUUUGUUGCAUGGAGAAAAAAAGAAACAGCGAUAGGAGGUUUGAAGGAUGAUGUGUGCAAAGGCAGCUUUAAUUCAGAAUAGCAUAAGGCUAGACUAUCGGCCGGCGAAUGCACACCAAGAAUGCAGGGAGGG